CUAAAAGUUGGACCACAGCCAUAGUCGAGCUUUAUCUGUCAUCUCAGCCCAUUGCUUCUGCCAAGACUGGCAUACAGGAUCUCUGACCCAAUAGCCGUAUUCUUUCAGGGGUCGGCCCGCCAUAAGACGUCAGGAAGAGCGUCUUGGUAUACCACUGCCAGGGGAGAGAGCGAGAGAUGAGCUCCUGGGCGGCAUACGAGCCCCUCGGGCAACACCCCAACUCUUCAUCGCAGCGCAGCAACGGCCCCCUACAUCUCCUCAUCACACAUGUCCCUCCGCUACUAGCCGCCGCACUCUGUGUAGUCGCACUCGUCUUUAGCGUCUUACCUCCCACGGGUCCGAUUGCCUUAGGGGAAGCAGACCCUUGGUUGAAGGCCAUCAAACCACUUCCGCCUUCGGCAAGGAACACUCUCGCCUUAUCAGAGUCCGUCUGUGCAAAGGAGUUCCCACUCUUAUACCCGCAGCUGGAAGAACUCAAACAGUAUUGGAAGCUGAGAGGAGGCAUAUCCAAGCACGAUGUAGACCAAUUGGAGCGAGCUGCGAAUGGACAAAACAAUUGGGGCUGGGCCAGAGUGAUCAUUAGGGAUGGCAAAGUGUACAUACGCUCGCUGCGUAAAGGAGUCGAUACGCGCCUUACUGCCAUACUCAUGCUCCUACACGAUGCUGUAAGUGCAGACCCCGAAUCUUCUACUUCGGGAACCACGGGAGAGCCUCUCCCACCAAUCGACCUAAUCAUGUCAGUGGGAGAUAAAGAAGGCUUCCCAGGAGCCGAAUCAGGUCCUGCUUGGGUCCUUGCAAAACUUCUAGCCGAUCAAAAAACAGAGGGCAAUUGGCUCUCUCCAGACUUUGGCUUUGCUGGCUGGCCAGAAGCUCGAGUUCCGAGCUACGCGGAAGUAGUGGACCUUAGUAGGCAGGUGGAACAAAAGGUGGGGGGCUGGGCAGGCAAGGAUGAUAGGGCCUUUUGGCGUGGCUUCGUCAAUUGGUAUCCCAUCCGCCACGACCUAUUGAACCGCACAAAGGCCGCUUCUGCCCUGCCUGCAAACCAUCCCGAUGCCUGGGCCGACGUCUUCCAAACGACUUUUGGGGCGCAGAACUCAGCAGAGUAUAAGCCUCUCGUACCAUUACAGGAUCACUGUUCCCGCAAGUACCUGAUCCACUCCGAGGGAAAUUCUUACUCGGGAAGGAGCAAGUACCUGUUCAGCUGUCAUUCGGUCACAGUUGCUCACAAGAUGGAAUGGACACAACAUUUUCAUCCGGCACUCGUAAGCGAUCCGCUCUCGCCCGCACAGAACUACGUGCAGGUCACCGGACCCUUGUUCGAGGGGUUGGAAGAGGCGAUCAGGGCAAUGUGGGAGGCGGAAGGAGAUCCCAAGGCUAAAGGGGUUGAAGGUUGGUGGCACAAGGCGAGUGAAAAGAAUAUGGUGGGGUGGCUCCCACCUGAAAAGAUUGCGGACAAUGCCAGGGACUCGUUGAGGGACCGAUAUCUCACUCCAGCAGCCACUGCCUGCUACUACAGAGCAGCCCUGCGCGCCUAUGCGUCUGUACAAAACCACUCUACCUGGAGCCCCACCGGCCCCUUUCCAAAACCAGGAAAUGGUGUCCCCCCACUUCCAAAUGCUACCAAUGUCGAUGUGCCCAACAAAGUGGGCGAUUCGGGCGGUGUUGGGGAUAUUACCUGGGCUAGUUGGACUCUGACUAGGGGCACGGCAGAGGGGGAUCGGGGAAAGGAGAGCGAUUGGCCGCCACCUGAAGCGGCAGUGGUGGGUACGGGCAAGACGCCAGUGCUCAGGCAUUGACGAAAUGGCAAGCAUCGAGCCAGCGGGCAGCAACAGUGGCAACUCCAGAGGUGGGGAGGAGGGUCAGAGCUACGCAAAGUCAGGGCUAGGGCAGGUAGGCAGACGAGGUCAUGGCAAUCUGUCGCCGAGGUGCUAGUGUACAUAUAUUGUGAUGCAGAUAGAACGAAAUUCUAUCUCCUCGUCGAUCUCCUUCUGAU